AUGGGGCUGGAGCCGGCUCAGGGUCGGCACCCUCUGCCCAUGCUGUGGCUGAUGCCGGGAAGCUCCAGGUUGGGCGGAGAGAAUCUGACGGCAGACGUGGCUCCGGCUGUAAGACUGGCUCUGCAGGACCUAAAGAAACAACCGCCACCGCUGGGGAACUACGAGAUCCAGCUCCAGCGGCUGGACUCACAGUGCGACCCUGCUAAAGCGCUCAAAGCCCUGUUUGAUGCCAUGUGGGCGGGGCCGAAGUACCUGCUGCUGUUUGGAGGGGUGUGUCCACCUGUAACGGCGCUCAUCGCUCGCGCUCUUCCGGCGCUCGGCCUGGUGCAGGUGUCUUUUGCGGCCUCGGCUCCCGGCCUGUCCAACAGGAAGUUGUACAGAAACCUGUUCAGCACGGUGCCGUCAGACCGAGCGCUGAACCAGGCCGCCGUGAAGCUGCUGCAGCGCUACAAGUGGACCAGAGUCGGCGUGGUCACGCAGGAAGGACCCAGACUCUCCGAGAUGAAGAAGGAUCUGAUCAGACAGCUGCUGAGAGCCGGCGUUCACGUCGCCGUCGCAGAAAGCCUCUCUGGAGACGUCUGCGGCCGCCUGAAGAAACUGAAGGAUGAGGACGUUCGCAUCAUCAUCGCACAGCUGGAAGAUGAGUCUGUGUCUGAGGUGUUCUGCUGUGCGUACAGACUGAACCUGUUUGGAGCUCGGUACCAGUGGCUCGUAGCUGGCGGAGGAGCAGCUGGGUGGAGGCUGGGGUGGAAGUUUUCUGGCUGUACGGCCAACAACCUCCUGGUGGCGGCAGACGGGUCCAUCCGACUGCAGGUCCGAGAGCUCGGCAACGCCAACACGCCGGGAGUCUCUGGACGGACUCCUCAGGACUACCAGGACUCCUAUCUCAGGCAGCUGAUCCAGGAGGGGUCAGAGGUCAGCUCGCUGCACUCCUUCGCCUAUGAUGCCGUUUGGGUCGUUGCCAAAGCUCUGAGCCAGGCGACGGAGGCGGCGAAACAGAGAGAGAAAUACAGCCCUCGGAGGAACGUGACGGUCAGCGAGGAGGAGGUGGCGAGGAUGUUGCUGGAGGCCGUGAGGAGCACGCGGUUCGAAGGAGUCACAGGUCCGGUUUUCUUUCGGAACGGGGAGAGAAUGGCGUCGAUUGAGCUGCUCCAGUUUCAAGUCAGCAGUGGUGUCCUGGUGGGGGAGUUCAAUACCAGCACCCAACAACUCCGCCUGAUGCACCACCUGCUCAGGUUCAAAGGUCCAGGACCAGCUAAAGACCAGCCUGCUGUCCUUCUGCAGCACCGUCACAUCAGCCUCCGCCUGUACAUCGUCAUAUCAUCAGCUGCCGGUGUGACCGUCAUCAUCGCUCUGAUCGUCCUUUUCUUCGUCAUCGUCAACCACAAACGCCGGCGGCUCGGCUCGGGCGGUGCAUCCCAGGACGAGCUGCUCCUGCUGGGCGUCCUGCUCUCCUCCUCCUCGGUGCUGUUCUCCGGCCUGGACGAAGCCUCGCUGUCGGACUGGAUGUUUGGGGUUCUUUGUUCUGUCCGUCUGUGGACUCUCGCCGUGGGGCACACUGUGGGCUUCGCUGCGCUCUUCACUAAAGCGUGGAGGGUCUACUCGGUGUCCAGCAUCAAUCAGAAGCAGAGCCGAGCGCCGUCAGCAGGCUGCGUCCUAUUCUGGUUAUUCCUGGUGGACACGCUUGUUUUAACCUCCUGGCAAAUCCUGGACCCCCUCAGAUGGGUGGUGCUUCAGCACAACACAGAGGGCGACGCUGCUGAGGAGGACGUCAUCAUCCGGCCGUACUCUGAACGCUGCAGCAGUGUUAACAUGGAGCUGUGGCUCACUGUGGUCUAUGGAUACAAAGCACCUCUGCUGCUUCUCGGAUGUUUCCUGGCCCUGAACAUCUGGACCGCAGAGGUCAACGAGCCGGCGGGCAGCGGCAAACACCUGGCGCUGAGCACGUUUGCCCUGACGGCGUUCAGCGUGUCAGGAGUGUCGGGAUCGCUGCUGAUGUCCCACAAUCCUCCAGUUCAGUUCUGUGUGAGCAGCAUCCUCAUCCUCUGCUGCAACCUCUUCAUCCUGAGCGGGUGGUUUGGACCGAAGAUUGUGUUUGUGUGCUGGAGCGGCGGCGGCGGCGGCCUGCAGCGGGCGUCCGGGCUGCAGGGUGAUGCUGCACAGGAAGAUGAAGAUCAGCUGAGCAGGUUGAAUCAGCAGCUCAGGAGUGAAAGUGCACAGCUGGAUGUGGAAAUAGAAAUCAUCAGAAUGGAGCUUUCUGAGACAUCGGGGACGUUUCAGCGUCUGAUGAGAGACAAACACGCCGAAAUCGGAUCAGUGACUCAUGAAGCUCAGAUCUGUGCGAAAAACAGAAACAGCGAGAGCGAAGCUUCGACCCUGAAAGACAUCAACUCACCCGAACACAUGCGGCGCCGUUUGUCGGUCCAGCUGCCCAUCCUCCAUCAUUCCUACCUGCCCGCGAUCGGUGGCGUCAGCUCCAGCAGCUCCAGCCUGUUCGGCAGCCAGGAAGUCUUUGUCGAUCAGCACAAUAACUCACUGUACACCUGAUGGCAGGAAGCUGCAACUUUGACCUCCUUGGGAAAGAAAUAUGAGACUUUAUGCUGCGCUUACACAAAUCAGCCAGAACAUUCAAAUCACCUGCAAAUAUUUUAACCUCGGUGUUUGAGGUGUGUUGGGGAGGCUGCUGCCAUCUGGGAGUGCCACGACCACCGCACUGUGAACCCAAACGCCAAAAGUACUUAAAUAAAUUAAGUAAUGCUAACUUGAUUUUUAAAAAACAUUUAUACUCAGUUCAUUUUACAUUUUGUUCCAUUUAAGUUUAAUUUAACUUAUUAUUUUUAAACAAGUUCAACUAUUUUGCAUAUUAAGUACCUGCUACUUAAAAAAUUAAGUUAAUUUUACUGAUUUAUUUAAAUGAUAUGGCAGUCAUGUUUGGAAGGUUUCAGGUCAGUUUGACCCCAAACAUAAAGACAUUAGUCUGACGUAACAGCUGGACUGAUUCUGAGAGGAGACAAUGGAAUAAAAGUAAA